AUGAGUGUGGUUGAUGGCUUGAAUGUCACGCUUCUUCCCCACCAGAUCCGUGGUUUGGCUUUUCUACUUACUCGGGAAGAGGGGAAAGCAAGAGGUGGUAUUCUUGCGGAUGAUAUGGGUCUUGGGAAGACUAUUCAGUCGAUUUCGCUCAUUCUCUCACAUCCGCAUCCGAACCACCCGCUUAAUGGCUCUAGUUUUGCGCUUUCGCCUCAGUCGAAGAAAGCUGCUGCGAAAUUGCCCUCUGAUCUUGAGAAAGGAACUCUUGUUGUUGCUCCAUUAGCUCUUAUCAAGCAAUGGGAGGCAGAAAUUGCGAGAAGGACAACCGAUUCCCAUAGAAUGCGUGUUUGUGUUCACCAUGGCCCUUCCCGUGCUAAAGAUCCAAGUAAACUACGGCGAUAUGAUGUUGUGAUCACGACCUACGAUGUUGUUCGCUCUGAACAUAAGGAUUCCUCCUUUGCCGAGGGGAGUGAUGGGCAUGGACAGCAGGUCGGAUGUUUCGGUUUACGUUGGUGGAGAAUUAUACUUGACGAAGCUCACACGAUCAAAAACAGACUCGCCAAAGGCUCACUCGCCGCUUGCGCACUAAGGGCCAGGUACCGUUGGUGUCUUACAGGAACACCCCUGCAAAACAAAAUCGAGGAGCUUCAGAGUCUUAUUAAAUUCUUGAGGGUUGCCCCAUUUGACGAUCUUGCAGUUUGGAAGGAGCAAAUUGCCAGGCCAAUGGCCCAGGGUCGCGAGGGCGUUGCAUUGGAGAGACUCAAAGUAGUUUUGGGGGCAAUUAUGCUUCGUAGGACCAAAGAUGUCCUCAGGAAAGACGGCGAAAAACUUGAGGCGGAAGGCGGCCAGAGUAGGAUGAAGCUUCCCGCGAGAAAGAUGGAAAAGGUCGCCAACUUGGAGAAAAUGUUGAGUGGGUUUGGAGCUGUUGGCGGCAAGGGUCUUGGUGGUGUGAACAUGACGAGUGCUUUACUUUUACUGCUGAGGUUACGGCAAGCUUGUAAUCAUCCACAGCUCGUGGCGGGAAAGAUUCACAAAGAUAAAGAAUCUGGGCUUGGUUUGGCUACACCUCGUAAGAGGUCAAGCAAGCCAGCCACGGCUGUUGAUGAUGUAUUGGAUGACGAACUGGCUGGGUUACUUGGUGGGCUUAGUGUUGAUGCCAAAAAGUGCGACGUCUGUUUUUCAGAUUUGACAAGGGAGGAAUCACAACGCGGCGAGGCAAGAUGCGCCCAUUGCCGGGCGGAUCUGGAUGAGCUCUCAAGAUCUGCUAAGAAGGCAAAGAGAAAGGAGAAGAUUAAGGCGAAAAAGGUGAAUAAUAGGAGGAGACCAAUCGUCCUCGAUAGUGAUGACGAACGAGACGAACCCGAACCAGAAGCUGAAGAAGGAACAGAUACAUCAGAUGAGGAUGAUGACAUUCGACCAAGAACUCGUAAAAUCCACAGCCUCAUCGGUGAUGAGGGCGAAGAGGCGUCUGAGGAGGAGUCUGAGGAGGAUUAUCCUAACCCCACCAUCUCUACGAAGAUUAGGUAUCUUUUGGCUGUACUGAGGAAGGAACUUAAGUUGAAGAACAAGACUAUCGUCUUCAGCCAAUUCACUAGUAUGCUAGAUCUUAUCGAACCUUUCCUACAUAGGAAUGGAAUUGCGUUUACUCGGUAUGACGGGAGCAUGAAAAACGACGAUAGGGAAGCCAGUCUAAGAAGGCUGAGGGGAGAGGGAGAGUACGCACCAUCGCCCGGGAAAGAAGAUAGAAGCUGGUGCGGGGUCUUGUUAUGCAGCUUGAAGUGCGGUGCGUUAGGAUUGAACUUGACUGCAGCUUGUAGAGUGGUUAUACUAGAGCCAUUUUGGAAUCCGUUUGUCGAAGAGCAAGCCAUCGAUCGAGUUCAUCGUAUUGGCCAAGAAACUGAUGUGGUCGUUUACAAAAUUACCGUUGCCGGCUCAGUAGAAGAACGUAUCCUUCAACUCCAAGAUCAGAAAAGAGAGCUUGCAAAGGCGGCCUUCGGAGAUGGUGACGGCGGCCUCGGAAAUGCUAAGGCAGCCAAAUUGAGUAUGAAGGAUAUCCUGUAUCUUUUCAGGCGUGAUGCUGAAGGAGUCAAUUCAUCCGCUGAGGCGCGGGGUUUGGGCGCUCGCACCAAAAUCUUGGGCAAGGGUCCUAGCAGAGGAGGAGACGGCGAGAGGGGCGUUGGCUAUACUCGGGAGGUGCCGGGGAGAUAUGUUAUCCCGAGUGCUGAAGAGGAGCGAGAGAGAAAGAGGGUGAAUGAGAUCUCUAACCCUUAUGGUAGGAGGUAG